AUGUUCACAAUCGCUACGGACGAUGCAUCACUGGUUGAACUGGUCACAGAAGAGUUGCGGCUCAUGGCCAGAGAUUAUGAUUUUCGUAAAGAGGGUACUGAGCGGCCUCGUGAAUAUUACAAACUCUGGAGCGCUAUCGACCCCCAGGCACACGGUUAUAGACAUGACGAGGGGCCACAAUACCGCUUCUGGCUUAUACCGGAGGGGAUGAACCAGGAGGCUCGUACACUGAUGGACUGCAAGUUGAAUCCAGAUAAUCAUGAUGAAGAAGACUUUUGGAACCAAUCUAUCAUCCCAGGCCUGCUCGCCGGUGUCCUGCACCAGUCAAUCCCAGUAUCAUAUCAGAGAGAUCCCUCCUGCAAAUAG